CAAAUCACAUUUCAUAACUGUCAAUUUUUUUUCAGCUGUAGCUGCUGUCAGAUUUUAAUCAUGGUAAAUGUCCAUGUUACGGGCAGAAAUAUUAUAUUUUCGGUGAUCAGAAGAUGUUCAACUUCCACUCAUAAAUUUGUUCCUACGGCCAGAGGUGUAUCGCGUGCUCAAAUCGAAGGAUUCUGCGAGUUUGUGGACAGAGGGCGAAAUAUUUUAGUUCUUACAGGUGCAGGUAUUUCAACAGAAAGUGGAAUCCCAGACUAUAGAUCUCAGGGAGUAGGACUCUAUGCCACGAGCAAAAGCAGGCCUGUCAUUUACCAGGACUUUGUGAAAAGUGACAGAAUCAGACAGAGAUAUUGGGCAAGAAAUUUCAUUGGAUGGCCAAGGUUUUCCUCUGUUCAACCAAAUAUUUCUCACUCUUUUCUCAAGAAACUUGAAGAUUUUGGCAAAGUUUGUUGGUUAGUGACUCAGAAUGUUGAUGCAUUACAUUUUAAAGCUGGAAGCUCAAAGGUGACGGAGCUUCACGGGAGUACACAUAGAGUUGCCUGUUUGAGGUGUGAUUAUAAAACAACCAGACAUGAUCUACAAAUUGUGAUAGAAAAUCUCAAUCCAUCAUGGAGGGCCUUUUCAAAUGUGUUAGCUCCUGAUGGGGACAUUCAGUUAUCUCAGGAAGAAAUAGAGGGAUUUCAGACUCCACAUUGUCCAAAAUGCUCAGGGCCCCUGAAACCAGAGAUUAUCUUUUUUGGAGAUAAUGUUCCAAAGUCUACAGUUGAAUUUGUUUUCCAAAAAGUGCAAGAAUGCGACCAAGUGUUAGUUGUUGGCUCCUCAUUAGAGGUAUACUCCGGGUACCGAUUUGUUUUACGGGCAUCAGAUAUGAAGAAACCCAUUACUCUUUUAAACAUUGGUCCAACUCGGGCAGACAAACUAGCUGAUCUCAAAAUAGAUGCCAAAUGUAGUGAUGUUCUGAAACAAGUGUCUUUUAUAUAUUCUUGAUAAUCAUUAUGUAUAUUCACAGAGUAUUUGAAUGUACACUUUUAAAUGCAUUUGAUAAUUAUUUAUUUAUGUUGUAAGUAAACACAGAAGACUGGCUCUGUAUCUGUGAUUUUAAUAAAUUUUUAAGAAGA